AUGUCGAUCACACGAGAAUCACAUUUUCCUCUUCUUCGACACGUAUUUGAGAGUAUUCAUUCAUAUUAUUUAGAGAAGGAGGACAACAACAAUCAACAAUUUUCACAACAACAACAUGAAAGAGAUGAUGUCAAAUGGAUCCAAAAUCAUCAAUUAAUCUCAUCAUUAUUAUUGAAGAAAAGUAGAGAAAAGAAUUCGACAACCGUCGGAGUUGUAAACCUUCUGAAGAAGAAGAACAGAAAGAAAUCAAUGACCUCCUCCUCCUCCUCCUCAACAUCAUCUCUCUCUCUUCUUGCUCACUACGAUGAAUAUAAAAGACUUGAUCGAUUAAUCUUUCAACAAGUCUUUUAUGAAAAUUUAAAAUUUAAAAAUCAAGUGAUUUAUAAACCUUUAUUGGAAUCUCUCCAUCAAUUAAUGAAUUAUUUAAAUUAUUAUUUAAAUCAUGAUGAAAAUAGAUCUUCAAAUAUUCCCAUUGAGGAUAGGAAACGAACAUGUAUUGAAGAAUAUCAAUCAGUUGUGAUCCAUCGUUAUGGAAAUAUUUAUAAAAUCUCAACCAUGAUCGAAAAUGUUGAAUCUUUGGAAUGUCUCUCAGAUUUAACAGUUUACAACAAGAUGAUGAUCAAUAAUAGACAAAUAUUAGACUCAAAGUCAUCAUCACAUAUUCCUUCAUCAUCAUUUGAAGAACAUCGAAUGGAUGACAUUUUACAAGUAUUAGAAUAUCAUCAAUGUGUUUUCAAUGAACCAAUUAUUCUCUAUAAUGAUUCACAAUUAUACAAAUAUUUAAAUCUAUGCAUUCAUUAUGGAAAUUUAUAUGAAAAUGUAAAAUAUAUUCAACAAUCAACAACAUCUCCAAGUGAUUCAGUUGUUGUAAAUAUUCCACACAAAAUUAUUCAUUUCGUAUUAUGUCGACACUGUAAAACUGUUUACAAUAAUUUUCAAAGAUACAAAUUUGUAAAAAUUCGAAUUCUCAAUUCCUACAUUUCCUAUUUGGAAAAGUAUUCCACCUCCAACAAACAUGAAACCUUCUUUAAACUUGCUCUAAAUUCUUACAUUCAAUACAUGAUGGAUUGUAGAGCACAUUUCAUCAAAUAUGGACAUUUGAAAACAAUGAAUCAACGAUUUCAAAAAGUCAUUCCAAAAUUGAUCAAACAUGUAUUAACAAUGAAUACUCACAAUUUUAAAGAGUGUCAGAAGGACGAUCUGAAUAUGCAAACUCUAAGGAUUGAUUACCUCACAUUGAUGCAAAACAUUUCACUACAUGAACAACAACAGGACCACUCACAAGAGAUUGAUGAACACUACUCUUCACAACAAGAAUAUAAUUCACGUGAACACUGGAAAUUUCAUAGUUUUCUCACAAAUCAACAACAACAACAUACCAAUGAACUUGUUGCUUCUCCAAUGCAAAUUCACAAGUUCAUUGAAACUAAUUCUACAUUCUAUCUCACCACGGAUUGGAGUAGCCUAUUUGAAACCUAUGGGUUUAUGGAACUUGAAUCUCAUCAUGGCAUUCAAAUUUCAAAGCUCUAUGAAUAUUUAAUAUACAAAUAUGGAUAUUACAAUAAUGAUUGGAUCUUGGAAAAGUACAAUGAAAUGAUUCAUGAACAAUUAAUCCCAUACAUUCGCAACAGAAUUCAGAACACCAUUCUCUCUUCACACAUGAAUGUAUUCACUCGUGAAUUUCCCUAUUUGUCCUUACUCUUACGUGGAGCAUUUCCUCAUCAUUUUGAUGAGAAGAAGGUUUUUGAAAUUUCUUUACAGGAUCCACAAUACAAAGAACAUUUGAACACUCUGAAACAAUACAUUCUUCGCAAAACAAAUGAACAUGAAUCAGGUCAAGCAAUUCGAGAAGAAGAAUGA